AUAUAAUAAUGAGUUAAUAAAACAAAAAUUAACUUAAAAAAUUCAGGUGUUAAAGAGAGAGAAACAAAGAAAGAGAAAGGUCUGUGUAGAUGGCGGAGCUCGUCAACCGAUCUCUGAUUUUCAUCGCAACUGUUCUUCCAUUAUACGCCAUCAUUUUUCAGUUGGUGAGAAGGUGAGAAGUGUUAUCUUUGGUGUCUUGGUGAUGUCUGUUGAUUACGUUGAUAAACAAUGGGGUUGUGGAAAGCCAGGUGCAAAUCUUCAUCGAAUGGGUUCAAUUGUUUGCGAAAUGGGGGACCCUUGCCUUCAUCAAUCACCUAUCAAGGUAAAUAAAAUGCUUAAGCCUGAAAAGUGGCAGACAGUAUUUGAUAAUGACGGUAAAGUGUUAGGUUUUCAGAAAGCAUUGAAGUCGAUUAUCUUAGGGGGUGUGGAUCCGUCAAUAAGGCCAGAAGUAUGGGAAUUUCUUCUUGGCUGUUAUGCAUUGAGCAGUACCAGAGAGUACCGGGAAGUGCUGAGAGCAGCCAGAAGGGAGCGAUACGAGGAACUUGUGAGACAAUGUCAAAAGAUGCAUUCAAGCAUUGGAACGGGUUCACUUGCUUAUGUUGUUGGUUCAAAAAUUAUGGAUGUGAGAGCAUAUACUAAAGAUGAAGUGAAAAGAGAAACUGAAUCUGAAGAAAGACAAGCUUCUGGUGAUAAUGCUAACAAACUUGACAAUUAUUGUGAUAGGAAUGAUAACUGUACAGAUACAAAAUAUACAUGCCAAAGGGAAAGCUCUAGUGAUUCUUCUGACAUUGCUAGUGUGAGAGAAAGCAUUGAUAGUUCCGCUUAUGACUCAUCUUGCCUUAUGCCUAGCCCAGCAACCCUCAACACGGGUCCCUUGAGACCUAAAAGGCAAGGACAAGCAUCUCAAUUUCCAGUUGAAGACUUUUUUGAGUUUCCUGCCUUACCAGUCACCGAUUUGUUUGAGAAGAGUGAUGAAAGUGACCAAGCAAAUGAAUCUCAAGAUGCUGGACAUUCUACUCAAUGGAAAUUCCGAGUUGGCAAUGAGAGAAUGCAUAGUUUUCAGAUUGAUAAUAAUGAUGAAUUGAUUAUUGAAUCUAAUGGUUCACGAUCAGAGAGUGUUAGACAUUCUAUAUGUUCAGAAAGUGAAGUAGCCGAUGGCAACUGUGACAGACCACAUGAACAAGUGUUGCGACAUGAUAUUCAGAAGUACAAAAGUAAAGUACUGAACAAAUUGAGAAUAUCUGAUGUUCCAGAAACAUCAGAAUUGUAUUCGAAUAAUCUCCAACUAGGCGAACCCAGUGAAGAUAAAGUAUCUGAAUGGCUUUGGACUCUACAUCGAAUAGUGGUCGAUGUGGUUAGAACUGAUAGUCAUCUUGAGUUCUAUGAGGAUCCAAAAAAUUUGGCAAGGAUGUCGGAUAUUCUUGCUGUUUACGCAUGGGUUGAUCCUGAAACGGGAUAUUGCCAAGGAAUGAGUGACCUACUGUCUCCAUUUGUUGUACUUUUCGAGAAUGACGCAGAUGCAUUUUGGUGCUUUGAGAUGCUUCUUCGACGAACGCGGGAAAACUUUCGAAUGGAAGGAGAAACUGGAGUAAUGAAGCAGUUGCAAACAUUGUGGCAUAUAUUAAAAUUGACCGACAGAGAAAUGUUUUCACACUUAUCUCACAUAGGUGCUGAAAGCCUUCACUUUGCUUUCCGGAUGCUGCUGGUGCUUUUUCGCAGAGAAUUAUCGUUUACUGAAGCCCUUUGUAUGUGGGAGAUGAUGUGGGCUGCUGACUAUGAUGAAUCCCUGGCUUGGAAUCUGGUGCAAAGCUGUCUUGAACCAUUGGUAUUGCAGCUACCAGAUGAUUUGAGUAUUGAAACCGCAGAGGAAAGGGAGAUGGAUCAGAGCACUUCAAAGAGUGGCUCACAAGCAAAAAAUGCAAAUAUUGAACAUGUCAGCUCUGAAGAGGCUGUGAUGAAGUCAUUAACGUCCAAUCAUUCAUUCUGUGGUUUAACAAGGACGUUUUGGUCUCGGAAUGAUCGCUCACAUGCACGCGCUGGGUUGUCAGCAACAAGAAACAGGGAAGAUGAUCUACCUGUGUUUUGUGUGGCAGCAAUUUUAAUCUUAAACCGUUAUAAAAUCAUCAAAGAAACCCAUUCAAUCGAUGAUCUGAUCAAGAUAUUUAACGAUAAUGAGCUGAAGAUAAGAGUCAAAAGAUGCAUAAGAACAGCCAUCAAGCUUCGGAAAAAAUAUUUCUACAAGAUGAUAAAGUACAAUGAUCAUCCAUCACCUCUGAAUGAUCCUCUUAACUAACUUGGCAAUCGGACAUCAUCUAGGAAGGCCGAGGCAUCACACACUUGAAUCCUUGCUGCAUUUGACCAAGCAAAGCUGCUUUAUUGAUUUUCAUGUGAUUCUUCGUGCUAUCUUGAGUGGUAUGAUCUAAUGGCUCAUUCUUUGAUGCCUUGUGCAACAUGUACCUUGUUUCUAUGAGCUUAAUGAAGAGUGGUAGUGUUCAGAGAUGGGAUCACAGAAGAUUUGGCCAAGUGUUAUGUGAACAUGUCAAUUUGUGAGGAGGAACAAUAAAUUAGUAGCAUAGUUUUGGGAUAUCGCUGCGUAUCACAAUUCUUUUACACAAAUAUAUAUACAAAUACAUACAAAGAGUAUAAAAGAAUCGAAUCAUUUUCAUGCUACUUCGUUCAACGUUUGUUCCUUCACUCUUAUCUUCUACCCAAAUACAAGUCACUGAUCUACCGUUUUGGAGUUGAAACCAGUGUGGUAGGUUAGAAAUCCUCAUUAUAUGUUGGAGACAUAACGGAGUAUCGGUAGUCUUUGUGUAUACGCUCCGGUUUGGUCUAACACUAAAAUUGAAUUAGAUUAGAAAUUCUGGUUAUGAAAAUUUUUAGACUAGACUAGACCCUUUAAAACAAAUCAGACCAUUCAACAAAGAUUUGGUUUGGUUUAUGAUUAUUUACUUCAAAAUAUGUAAAAUUGAAAAAUUUAAAAAUUUAAAAAUAUGCUUUUAAUGGGCAAAAAUCUAUAAACAGUAGAAACAAAAGCAUUUGCUUUUGAUGAAUUACUAGAACAAGAUGGAGAGGAACCUUAGAAUUAUUAAGUUUAAUUUAAUAAAUAAUUAAAAAAGGAUUCUUACAAACUAUUUUCAUUUAGCUGUUCGAGUUUGUGGUUAGGCUAAUCGCAACAUCCGUUUUUUAAAAUAUCGUUAUCAUUGGUAAAAACGACGUUAAAUAUCUUUUUCUAUCUACGUGCCGGGAAAUAGGCAAAUAAGUAGUUGUUUCGACCUGAUUUCCGAUAGAGUUACCCAAUAAGGGCAAUCACGACGUCCGUUCUUGAAAAAUAUCAUUAUGAUGGGUUAAAACUGAGUUACAGUGUUAAAACACAAGGGCAUUAUCGGUAAUUAGAAAA